UGCUUUUGAGAAUAAAAUAUCAGACUGACAGCUUGUUUACAAGAAAGAUUAAAAUUUAAAAUGUACAAACGUAAUUGUCCACAUCUUCAAGAGAUGAUCGUUAAUAAACUUUCUAAGACUUCAAUACGAAUGUUAUCAGCCGAUAUGAGUAGAACUCGAAAGUUGCCUAAACCCAAUUAUGGUCCCGUGGAAGUGCAGCGUUCGGUUCUUCUAAAUGGGAUGAAAGUGGCUGUAGCCAAACCUCUUGGAGGUCAAAUUGGUGCUUGCACAGUAAUGUAUCAGGCUGGCUCCCGAUAUGAAAAGGAUGAAUACCUAGGCGCCAGUCACUUUCUGCGUACUGCAUCUAGUGCCUCCAGCUGUGCCUUUUCUGCCUUCACCAAAAUGCGCUACAUGUCCCAAAAAGGUGCUUCAAUUACCUGCACUAGUAACAGGCAAUCCAUAGCAUACACAUUGCGCUGUCCAGUCACUACUUUCCCAGAAAUGAAAUGUUUUCUACUGGAUACUGUUAUUAGAUGCUGCUUCAAGGAAUGGGAGAUGGACGACUUAAAACCCAUGGUCAGAGACGAUUUACACCGCAUUCACCCAGAGAAACGUGUGUUGGACUUGGCCCAAAAGGCUUGUUGGGGAGGACCUCUCAACAACUCUAUUUACUGCGAGCCAUCAAGGAUAGACAAUAUGAAUGGAGAGAUCCUCAACAACUAUACUGAAUGGAACUACAAGUCCGACCAUUGUUCAGUGGCUAGUGUCGGUGUUCCCUUUGAAGAGACCAUAAAAAUGGCGGAAGCUAUCGAGCCUAGACGAAUAAAGCCAGAAGCAAGGCGUGUCGACCCAUCAAUUCCGAGACGAGGGUUCGAGUUAUACGACCUGGGGGCUAACAGCGACACCUGGAUAUGCGUGGUUGUGCCCGGGUGUGGAACUCGAGACUUAACGAGCCUACUGAAUCACUCGAUAGUAGCACACGCUUGUGGAACAGGUAACAUGCAGGACGGGACCCACGUUUUAGACCGCACACCGGAACAGCCACUCGGACUCAUGGCAGGAAAUGAUGUUUAUACCUCCUUCAGAGCAUUCAACUUAUCGUAUCAUGAUACUGGCGUUUUCGGUAUAAUAGCAAGAACUCGUGCCCCUACGGCUUGGAACGUAACAAGAGCAGCCGCACAAUUUUUGUGUAAUGUCGGAUGUCUCACCUAUAACCAGAUAGAAAUUGGUAAAAAGAGACUUAAAGUCAGUUUAGCAAUCCAUGAUGAUGACUGCGUGAGAGUGGCCGAGGGACUAGCACUACAGCUAGCCAACGGUUAUAUAGUGGACACCGCGAAGGAGUCAAUGGCUAUGAUUGAUAACAUCUCUAUUGAAGAUGUAUCAAAGACUGCAAUGUCUUUGUCUCGUAAAUAUCGAGAUAUGGCUCUUGCUGUUGUGGGUGACAUUGGAAGGGUACCUCAUGACAAAGAGCUUUUUUGGACACAUUGAAGAGUAUCAUACAAUUUUGUAUUUAAUUUUAGAAGGUCGUUUUUUUAUUCUGAAAUAAAUGAUAUUAGAUAUCACGGAAGUACACGUCAUUAUUAAUACUACUUAUUAUAAAAUUAAUAUGUUUUCUCGAA